GCAUUUCCGUGGCGUAUGAACCCCUCCGGAGACGUAGAUUAUGGCUACAACUCGGAUGGAGCCUGCCUCUGGCACUGUUAGAGUGGGAGUCCUAACAGUUAGCGACAGAUGCUCCCGCAGAGAAGCUGAAGAUAAAAGUGGGCCGAAUUUGCAGAGGUUGGUGAAUUCCUCCACUCUGAAUGUCAGUGAGGUACUCUAUGACUGUGUCCCUGACGAACGGGACGAAAUAAGACGAGUUCUUCUGAACUGGAGUGAUGUUGAAGAAUUGCACCUCGUGUUGACGACAGGAGGCACAGGAUUUUCUCCAAGAGAUGUCACCCCUGAGGUUACAGCAGAAGUUAUCGAAAGAUCUGCUCUGGGCCUCUCAUUGGGAAUGCUGUGCGGAUCCCUUAAGGUUACUCCCAUGGCCAUGUUGUCCAGGGCUACCUGUGGUAUAAGGAAAGGAACAGUGAUUGUUAAUUUGCCUGGAAGUGUUAAAGGUUCACAAGAAUGUUUCCAAUUUGUUUUACCAGCUUUACCGCAUGCCAUAGAGGUGCUAAGGAAUAGUCCAAAUGUGAGUGUCACCCAUUCAGCAAUGCAACAUGUCUGUCCACACAAGGCUCACAACAAACCAAUACAAGAUCUCAGCAAAGUAGCUGAGAGGGAUCGCCAUUCCCCAUAUCCACUUGUUCAGAUGGAUGAAGCCCUCUCUAUGAUCAUGAAUAAUUCUCACUGCCUCUCAACAACAGUUUUACCCAUAGAAGAUGCUUUAGGUUAUACACUGGCAUCAAACGUCAGUGCAAAAGAACCCCUCCCCCCUUUCCCUGCAUCAGUCAAAGAUGGGUAUGCUGUAUUAGCUUCAGAUGGACCAGGAGAGCGUGUGGUCUUGGGUGCAGUCACUGCAGGGGAAGUAGCUACUUGCAGUGUCACUUCUGGCCAUGUGAUGCGCAUCAACACUGGUGCACCUCUGCCUCCUGGUGCUGAUGCAGUCGUCCAAGUGGAAGAUACAGAAUUACUUGAAAGUGAUAACGAUGGAAGAACUGAGAAGAAAGUUAAAAUCCUUACAACUCCUAAACCUGGCCAAGAUAUCAGACCAGUUGGUUUUGAUGUCAGUGUAGGGGAACAAGUACUCAAAACAAAUCAAAAACUAGGACCAGCAGAACUGGGUCUUUUGGCCUCACUGGGAGUCACCAAAGUAGAAGUUUUCCAAAAGCCAAGAGUUGCUGUGCUUUCUACUGGAAAUGAGGUUGUAAAUCCAGGAGAGCAAACCAAAGCAGGGCAAAUCAGGGACAGUAAUAGAAUCGCUUUAAAGUCGCUGAUUAAAAUGCAUGGAUUUGAGGCCCUUGAUUUAAAAAUAGCAGCUGACACACCCCUGGAGUUGGAAUCCUCUCUAAAAAGUGGCUUGGAAAAGGCUGAUGUUCUUGUUUCAUCUGGUGGAGUAUCAAUGGGAGAGAAAGAUUUUCUAAAACCUGUUCUACAAGACAGACUUGGGGCAACUAUCCAUUUUGGGAGAGUUUUCAUGAAGCCUGGUAAACCAGCAACCUUUGCCACAACCACAAUUGAUGGGAAGAGAAAACUUAUAUUUGCCCUUCCUGGAAAUCCAGUCUCUGCAAUGGUCACUUUCAACCUGUUUGUUCUCCCAGCCCUGCGUAAGAUGUCUGGCUCGGAGCAUCCCCAUCUAACAAAGAUCAAAGCAAAGUUGCCUCAACCAGUAAACCUGGAUCCAAGACCUGAGUAUUACAGAGUCACCCUGUCUUGGAAGCCAGGAGAAGCUAUUCCGUCAGCAAUAUCUACUGGUAGUCAAUGCAGCAGUAGAUUAAUGAGCAUGAGGAGUGCUAAUGCAGUGCUUGAGCUGCCACCUAAGAGUGAAACUCUAACCAGGAUUGAUGCAGGAGAGAUGGUGGAUGCAUUGGUCAUAGGGGAAAUCUAAAUAACUUAAGUGUGAAAGUUAGAAAUAAUGAUACCAAUAUAUUUCAAUGGGUCUGGUUUUCAUCAACUUGUCAACUAUCAGCUGAUAGCAAGCCUAAAUUUACCUCAAACAGAUUGUUUGUCCUACAUUUUAAUUUUAAGUGAAUUUUCAGAGGCUGACAAUUCACUUAAGUCUUAAACUAGCCUCAGCUUAUGUCAUCAGGGUCAAUUUACUUGGCAUUCCACACUUUUGUGAUUUUCUCCAAAGAAAAGUUUAAUACCUCUUCCAGAAUUUCACUUAAAAAACAAUUCAGGUGGGCAGCUCAGCUCAAACUUUGCAGCUCAAUAAUUUGAGGGAGAAAAUAGAGACUCAUCAUACCUUUAACCCUUUAACUCCCAUGAGUGACCAAGACAGAAUUUCUCCUUACAAUAUCAAUACAAUAUCAAGCAGACGAGUGAUGAGAAUAAAGAAAAAUAUUAAUUAGGGGAUUAUUAGUUGAUCCAAUA